AUGUCACGUGACCGUGUCUGGCCGCGGGCGCCUACGUUUCGCGACGCGCUCGCGCCGAAUCCCGAUCGAACAGACUCGACUUUACCCCUACAAUCAUCCGACGUCGCGAAUGCACCUGCCGGAGAACACGUCUUCGAACGCGAAACGACGGUCUCAGACUUGUACGAAGAAGAACGAGAUGCGGAGAACCACGACAUGGCGUCGUUGAAGACACGCUAUUAUACGCAAUUUACGAGGAGAAAUACCAUGACGGUGCGACGGGCAGCCAGGGUUUACGGACGCGCGAACAAAGGCAGGGCGAAGGAACGCGUCCUCGGCGAUGACACGCACGAAAUAUUCCGAGUGGAGACGCAACAAGCCAGCGUCGCCGUGAUUGUGGCCGUCAUAGCGGUGGCCACGGAGGAUGGGACGGAUGAGAAGGGCUGCAGGGUCAUGGUGCAUUGGUUCAACAGGCCAUCUGAACUUCCUGCCAUUCGUGCACGCAGAGAUUGUGAGGAGAACGAAAUAUAUACUCGUUAUCGUCCACCGUCAUACUCCCCGUCCAGCAUCAUUUCCACCUGCCCAAUCUCCUCCAGCCGGGCGGAGUCGUCCUCGUCCAAGCGGAAGCCUGGCUACGUACUUGAGAGCGAGACCCGGGAGUCCGCUCGAUCCUCGCGAGGCAUAUUCUAUGCGUUCGACUGGGAUACCUUCCGGCAGGAUGCACUAAACCGGGAUACUUUGCGGAGUGGCAGCGUUGAGAUUUGGAACGUAGUCGUCGCUGAGGAAGAUCCCGCCGCUGGAAAGAGGGAGAAGACCGACAAGCACGCACGCAGGAAGACCGACCGGCGGGCAAAAGGUGUCGAUGUUGAUUCCGGGAACGAACGCGCGGAUGACGGGGUUGUGGGCCGUCUACUGACGAAACGACAUCGAGACAAUGAUGAGGAAUCUGAUACUGGAGAUAGCUCCUUCGAAGUCCCCCUCAACGAUAUCGUGGAGGACGAAGCAGACGAUGACAUCGCCCCGACCACACCUCGAAAGCGCAGGCGCGGCGUAGCGACACCUCGCACACCCGGUACACCUCGCACACCCCGCAAGUCUCGCGUGGCAAAGGAGUUGCUCGCGCAACCAACUCCACAUUCAAAGGCUGCGCUUCGGAAACGCAAGCGCACCGCGCUCGCGGUGCGUCCGCCUCCGCCAAUGGACUCGGGCACUAGCCUGCAGCUGGAAGCGCAACUAGGGCCGACGGCGGGCAAGGACCCGUGGCUGCGCGCCAUGCAUGUCCUCCACGUUGCUGCGCGACCGGAGGCACUACCCUGUCGGGAAGAAGAAUAUGGUCGAAUUCUACGUUCAGUAGAGGAGCUGCUGGAGGAAGGCAGCGGAGGAUGUAUCUAUAUCUCUGGAGUGCCUGGUACAGGCAAGACGGCGACUGUCCAUGCAGUAGUGCGAGAAUUGAAACGCAUGGCAGAGCAAAAUGAAGCGAACCCCUUCACGUACGUGGAGAUUAACGGACUAAGAAUACCUGAGCCUGCCGCAGCGUAUGGUCUUCUUGGGAGGCUGGAGGGCCAUAUGAAGAUUAGUUCGCCCCAGGCAAUCAAGUCUCUCCAGAAGCACUUCAGCGCCGGCGAACGUGCAGGGCCAGGUGGACACGCUUGCGUCGUGCUCAUGGAUGAGCUCGACCAGCUUAUGACGAGCAAGCAAGAUGUGGUGUACAACUUCUUCAAUUGGCCGACGCUCGUUGGAUCGAAGCUCGUCGUUCUGGCUGUAGCGAACACAAUGGAUCUGCCUGAACGGGUCAUGACAGGCAGGGUGCGAAGUCGCCUUGGCAUGACACGCAUCAACUUCCAACCGUAUACGACCCCGCAGCUGGAAAAGAUCGUUCGCGCACGUUUGCAGAGUGCGAAAGAGGGCUUGCCAGCUGACACACCCGAUGUCAUUGCCAACGAUGGAGUCAAGUUCGCCGCGAUGAAGGUGUCCUCCAUCAGCGGCGACGCGCGCCGGGUGCUUGACAUCUGCAGGCGAGCCGUGGAGCUCGUGCAGCCACGAUCAAGGACGGCGCGGACAGACGACGUGAAGGAGGUCAUCAAGAGCAUGCAAAACAGCCCGACCGCGGCGUAUCUGCGCGAGCUCAGCUUCCACGAACGGCUCAUGCUUGCCGCCCUGCUUAGGUGUAUCAAGAGAGAGGGCGUCGAGGAGAUUAAGUGGGGUGACCUUCAGCACCAACACUGCGUGUAUAUCAGCUUGCUGGCUGGCGAGGAUGAUCCCGUGCGCAGACCGGCGCCAGGGGAACUACGUGUGGUUCUCGACUCGCUUGUAGGAUCUCACGCUCUGCUCAGCGAAGAGGGAGCCACGGUGGCGCGCCGGCCCGAGCACGAUCGACGAGUCGCGCUGAACCUCGAAUACGCUGAGGUGGAGAGGGUUCUAGGAGAGGUCGGCGGCGCACAAUGGAAGAAUACUCUGAGCAUAUGA